AUAUACAACAACAACAUAAAAAUUCUCUUUAUAAAAUUCUCGCUCUAAACUCCGCGGCCAACAUAUCCAAUCCGAGGAGUUAAAAACCCUAAAAAUCGAAACAACAACUUUUUGUUUAAUCUUUUAAAAAUCAAAUCUUCAAUUUCAGUAUGGCAGGCAAUGCUCCAGAUGGCUCUCAGUUUGAUGGCAAGCAGUUUGAUUCCAAGAUGAAUGAGUUGCUUUCUACUGAUGGGCAGGACUUUUUUACUUCGUAUGACGAGGUUUAUGAUAGUUUUGAUGCAAUGGGUCUGCAAGAAAAUCUUUUAAGAGGCAUCUAUGCAUAUGGUUUUGAGAAGCCGUCAGCAAUUCAGCAAAGGGGGAUUGUUCCCUUUACUAAGGGUCUUGAUGUGAUCCAACAGGCUCAGUCAGGAACCGGAAAGACUGCAACUUUUUGCUCCGGUAUCCUUCAACAACUCGACUAUAACACGGUGGAAUGUCAGGCUUUGGUUCUUGCUCCUACUCGUGAGCUUGCCCAGCAAAUUGAAAAAGUUAUGCGAGCACUUGGUGACUAUCUUGGUGUCAAGGUCCAUGCUUGUGUUGGUGGAACAAGUGUUCGUGAGGACCAACGUAUCCUCUCUGCUGGUGUCCAUGUUGUCGUUGGUACACCUGGUCGUGUGUUUGACAUGCUUAGGAGGAAGUCAUUACGUGCUGAUUACAUUAAGAUGUUUGUGUUGGAUGAAGCCGAUGAAAUGCUUUCAAGAGGUUUCAAGGACCAGAUCUACGACAUCUUCCAGCUGUUGCCUUCAAAGGUUCAGGUGGGAGUGUUUUCUGCAACAAUGCCUCCCGAGGCUCUUGAGAUAACCAGGAAGUUCAUGAACAAACCUGUGAGGAUUCUCGUCAAGCGUGAUGAGCUCACUCUAGAAGGUAUCAAGCAAUUUUAUGUUAAUGUCGAAAAAGAAGAGUGGAAGCUUGAGACACUCUGUGAUCUCUAUGAGACUCUUGCUAUCACCCAGAGUGUGAUCUUUGUGAACACCCGGCGUAAGGUUGACUGGUUGACUGACAAGAUGAGAAGCCGUGACCACACAGUUUCGGCCACCCAUGGUGACAUGGAUCAAAACACACGUGACAUAAUCAUGCGUGAGUUCCGUUCAGGGUCAUCACGUGUUCUCAUCACAACUGAUCUUUUGGCUCGUGGUAUUGAUGUGCAACAAGUGUCCCUUGUUAUCAACUACGAUCUUCCUACCCAGCCUGAAAACUAUCUGCAUCGUAUUGGACGAAGUGGACGAUUUGGGAGAAAGGGUGUUGCAAUUAACUUUGUAACAGUGGAAGAUGAACGGAUGCUUGCAGAUAUCCAGAAAUUUUACAAUGUGGUUGUCGAGGAACUGCCAUCAAAUGUUGCUGAUCUUAUUUAGAAAGAUUUUGGCAUGUGGGUUUGUUCAGUAAGAAAGGUUAGAACCUGUUUUUUUGAAACUUAUUGUUUUUGUUUGUCGAAGUUAUUAUUAUGAAAGACUUGGUGCUAUAAGAUAUUUGCAACUCAUGUUUGUACCCUAAAGUUUAUUUUACCCCAGAAGUGUAUGGAUUUGUUUAUUUA